AUGGUGCAAAGUGAGUUUUUAUUACCACAUUUGAGUAAUGUUAGAAUUCCAAAUAAGCACGAUAAAAUAUAUAAAGAUGAAUGCUUAUUGUCUUACGAUACGCCUGAAAGUGAAACCGGAUUAUAUAUCAGCUUAACUAGUUUCAUGGGAUUUGGAAAAGAUUAUGUUGAUCUUUAUUAUAAUAAAACCAAACAUGCAGUUUUCCUUCAUUAUUUAAGAACUAAAACAGAAUUGCCUUCUGAUCAUCAGGGAGAUGCAGGAGGUCCAGACAAAAAAAUUACUAGGCUUGCUAUAGGUUUGGAAGGAGGUUUUGAUGUUGAUGCUGACAAAAAAAAGUACACUUUUAUUGAUAAUUAUUCGAUUGUUAUUUUACCAAAUUAUGAAACCAUAUCAAUUAGAGAUCCUAACUUACCAGAAAUAAUAAAAAUAGCAGCUCAAGAAAUUAUUGAUGCCACUUCAGCUUUAAAAAUGGCUGAACUAUCAGCUUUAACCGGGACAUGGGAUGGAGAACAAAGAUUUGUUACUAAGCAUGCAAGUAAUUUAGUUCAACUGAAUAAUGGGAAAAAAAUUCCGUUAUCAGGUUGGAAAUGUGAAAAAUGUGAUUUAACUCAAAAUUUAUGGCUUAAUUUGACUGAUGGUGCAAUCCUUUGUGGUAGGAAAUACCAUGAUGGUUCUGGUGGAAACAAUCAUGCAGUACAACAUUCAAAAGAAACAGGAUACCCAUUAGCUGUGAAAUUGGGAACAAUAACAAAAGAAGGAAAAGGUGAUGUUUACAGUUAUGAUGAAUCAGAAAAUGAUAUGGUUGAUAAUCCUUAUUUAAUACAACAUUUAUUGCAUUUUGGAAUUGAUGUUUCUCAACUCGAAAAGACAGAAAAAACAAUGGUAGAAUUAGAACUUGAUUUAAAUCAAAAAAUUGGCGAAUGGAGUAUUUGUCAAGAAUUAGGAAGCACUCUUAUACCUGCAUAUGGACCAGGAAGAACAGGAAUGGUAAAUUUAGGAAAUUCCUGUUAUCUCAAUAGUGUAAUGCAGGUUAUUUUUAGUAUUCCUGGAUUUAUAAGAAGAUUUGUCGAUGAAUCUCCUAAAAUUAUGGAAUCUUUAGAUUAUUUCGAUGAUCCCGCCUAUAAUUUCGUAGUUCAAAUGUCUAAAUUAGGUUUUGGACUUUGUUCUGGAAAAUAUUCUCAACCUCCUCCGGAUAAUGUUGAAGAUAAAGAGCAAAAAGGAAUAAGUCCUAAAAUGUUUAAAACUAUAAUCGGAUUGGAAAAUAGAGAUUUUGCCAGCAAUCAACAACAGGAUGCCCAAGAAUUUUUCCUUCAUUUAAUUAACAUGUUAGAGAGACAUACUCAUCCGGAUCAAAAUCCCUCUGACUGUUUCAAGUUUCAAGUCGAAGAUAAAUUUCAAUGUAAUGAAAGCAAAAAAGUCAAAUAUUUAUACAGGAAUGAAUACUGCCUUCCUAUUCCUAUACCAGUAGAAAAAGCAAUUAAUAAAACGGAAGUAUUAGAGUAUGAAAGGAAAAAAGGAGAGGCUCUUGCCAAGGGUCAAAAAUUGGAUCCCGAUGCCAUAGUCCGUCCUUGCAUAACUUUUUCAUCUUGCAUUAAAGCCUUUUCUCAACCGGAGAUUAUUGAAAAAUUUUAUUCGUCGGCCAUAAAUGGAGAAACGACCGCUUCGAAAACAACUAGAUUAAGCUCUUUUCCGGAAUAUUUGUUACUCCAUUUAAAAAAAUUUUUUGUAAAUAGCGAAUAUCAAGCUUCGAAAUUAGACGUGGCAGUAGAAAUGCCGGAUACGUUAGAUCUUUCCGAAAUCAAAGGCUGUGGACAACAACCGAACGAAGAACUUUUACCGGAUGUCGUUGAAAAUCCUCCCCAACCCGUUCUCGAUGAACAAGUAUUAAGUAAAUUAUUAAUAUUGGGUUUUAACGUGGAAGGAGCUAAAAGAGCCGUGUAUUUUACAACGAAAAAUAAUAUUAGCACAGAACAACAUUUAGAAGAUUCAAUGGAAUGGAUUAAAGUUCAUAUGAAGGAUCCCGAUUUUGAAAAUCCAUUCGUGCCACCUGGAAUUUCGUCGAAUCAAACGCCAUUUAAACCUGAUGAAACUUCAAUUAGCCAAAUAAUGGACAUGGGAUUCACUCGAGAGCAAGCAAUGAGAGCAUUAAAAAAAACUAAUAAUAAUAUCGAUGCAGCUUGCGAUUGGAUAUUAGAACAUUUUGACGAUGUUAUUAGUCAACCGGAAUCGAGCGAUCGAAAUAGCACUUGUUAUAAACUUCGCGCUUUCAUAUCUCACAUGGGUACGUCAUCGAUGGUGGGACACUACGUUUGUCACAUUCUCAAAGAUGGACAGUGGAUCAUUUACAACGACAAUAAAGUUGCUCUCUCGGAAUGUCCUCCGAAAGAACUCGGAUACCUGUAUUUGUACGAACAAAUCAAAUCAUCACCGCAAUAA